AUGUCUAAACGCAUCUUCACCGUCUUCGGCGCGACCGGAAAGCAGGGCGCUGCCAUCAUCGAGUCUGCUCUCGCUGACGGGACCUUCACCCUCCGCGCUGUUUCGCGCAAGGUCGACUCCGACGCGAGCAAGGCCCUGAUCGCCCGCGGCGUCGAGGUUGUCUCCGGUGACUUGUUCGACAAGGAGUCGCUCAAGAAGGCCAUCCGCGGCAGCGAGGUCGUCUUUGGCAUCACCAACUUCUGGGACCCCUCUGUCUUCCCCGCCGACCCCAAGGGUGCUGGCGAGAUUACCCAGGGCAAGAACCUCGUUGAUGCCGCGAAGGAGGAGGGUGUCAAGUACCUCUUGUGGAGCUCGCUCCCCAACAUCUCUGAGGCCAGCAAGGGCGAGUGGAAGCACGUCUACCACUGCGACAACAAAGCCAUCGUUGGUGACUAUCUUGCUGCUUCUGGCGUCCCCCACUCGAUCGUCUACACCGCCUGGUUCGGCGAAAACCUUUGGGCAUUUGGCAGCAUGGUCCCCGCCGAGUCCGGCAACGGCUACACCAUCCCGAUCCCGAAAUACAGCGCCACCGACAAGCAACAAGCGACCUGGGUCAAGAACGACCUCGGCCCAGCUGUUCUUGCCCUCGCCAAGAACUACAACACCGACAAGGGCAAGGAGGUUGGCAUCCUCGGCGGCUCGUUCCCCGUCGUCACCCUCAAAUUCACCUACCCUGAGCUCGCUGCCGCCAUCUCCAAGGCACUUGGCAAGCCCGUCAACUUCUUCAGCGUCGAGACCACCGGCAUGGCUGAGCUCGAUGAGAUGUUCCUCUUCCAAGCCAAAACCGAGGGCAUGUACCCCGACGCCAUCCCGAACCCCAAGCUCGCUGCGCUCGGCGUCAAGUUCGGCACGCUCGACCAGUUCAUCAAGGAGGGUGUCCUCAAGCACUUCUCGUAG